UGGUGGACGCAUCAAUCAGCAAAAUUGAAUAAAAUCGCUGGUCGAGCAAAGUCGAUCCCGGUUCUCGAGCUCGCUUCUGUGAAAUCCGUGACUGUCCGUGAUCUUCAUUCUCGAGUGCUCCGUUUCACCAGGACCAGGUUUCGCUGGAGUCGCUAUGAGCCAGUGACAUCACUGGCCUGUCGGCAUGCCGUCAUCGUCAUCAUCGUCGUCGUCGUCGUCGUUAUCGUCGUCGUCGUCGUUAUCGUCGUCGUCGUCGUCGAGAAGCGGCCACGAGACUCGGAUGAGCUCCGAGAUAUGCUCUCCGAAUCUGUGUCCGUGGCAGUGACCCACCCCGGCAAAGUUGUCGUCCUUGUCCGCGCUAAAUAAUCGAAUGAUGGAGAACCAGGACGAUCAGACGGUCAGAGCGAACGGAAACGAGGAUCCACAAGCGAGGAUCAGCCGAUUGGAGUCAGAGAACGUUAAGAUGCGAGAGGAGUUUAAUGUACAAAGGGCCAAGAUGAAGGAAUUGUUCCUUCAAAAGGAAGAGGAAUUGAAGCGGAGACUGGAGGAAAAUAUGGGCCUGCAGAAGGAAAAUCUAAGACUAAAGAACGAAUUGGACGAGGCUAAGAGCCAAUUAGUUGUUGCAGAUCUUAAGAUACAAAAUGAUAUAAUGAUGGAGAAGAGGAAGGCCCAGGAGGAAAUAGCGACGUUGCAACAGGUCAUACACGAAACAGUGGAGGAAUCCUCCUGCUCGAGGAAGCAGCUCAUCAGCGAGGUGUCCAAAUUGCAAUCUGUUCUUUCAAGGCUUCAAGACGAGAACGCGUUGCUGAAAACGCAGUUGCCGCGCGAUCCGCCAACGGACGGGCCGCAAAUCUCGUUGUCUACUGUAACUAAGACAUUAGCUAGAAAAGUGGUUUCCCAAUUAGGCGCGGACUCUUUGUCGCUAGGUCCUGACAAUUUAGAAGAGAGCAUGAGGAAGGUAAAAAAAUAUGCGCAAGAAGACGCGGAAGUUUUACGUUCGUUGGUUGUUCCGCUCGAGGAGGAAAUAAAAGCUUUAAAAGAGAAACUUAGGUCAACCGACGACGAAUUACAAAAAUGUAAAGAAGUUCUGUUAAAGAGACGGCAACAACAGGAACCCGGUUCCUUCGAGCCGUCGUGUGAUAUGUGUGCGAACUACGAAGCACAAUUAGUCAAAGUAGAAGCGACUGCCAAGGACUUGGAGAAGCAGUUGUUGGAUUCACAACGUAUGCUGCAUGCUCAAAGGGAGGAUCUAGCUAAGGAAGUUGAAUUUCGAAAGGAGAUGGAGGAAAAGUGGAAUGAGAAGAAGGAAGAGCAUAAAAUCAAAGUUGCAGAGCUCACUGUUACCUCGCAGACGGCGCAGCAAAAUUUAUUAGAGUUAAAGAAAACUUUUGAACAAAUUCAAAGGAGUGUCUCGGAGGAACUUUGUAAAUUGACACGAGGCAGGGAAGAAGUACAGAGACAUCUGACAGCACUUCAGAUGGAGAAUGAAAAUCUUGUGGGUAAACAUAGCAAGCAUUCGCAGCAGCUUCAAAGUGAGAGCAUCAACAUGCCGAACACUGUUGAAGAAUUACAUAUGAGUCUUUUAAAGGUGCGCGAGGAUUUAAUUACAGCCAAAGUAGCACAAGAAGUUGCACAGGAGAAGGAAGAGACGCUGCGAUACGAGGUUACUUUACUGAGAGAACAAAUGGAGCAAGAAAAUAGGGUUAAGGAACAGGAUAAUGCUGUGUUAAAAAAUGAAAUAAGCGGCUUGAGGGUGCAAUUAGACAAAUAUAUAAGAGAUCAUCGCAUGCUCGCUGAUAGAGAAGAGAAACUUGAUCGGUUGGAGAAACAGCUACAAGAAAUCCAAAAAGAAAAGAAGGAUGGAGAUUUAGCUAUAACUGAAUUACGACAAAGAGUUAUGAGUCUGCAACAAGAAUUAGAUACCAGUGAGGCAGUACAGAAAGACUUUGUUAGAUUAUCACAAUCAUUACAGGUACAACUGGAAAGGAUUAGGCAGGCAGGUAGUGAAGUUCGAUGGCAACAUGAAGAGGAUGUUGAAGAAUGUCCUAGUUGUCAUACUAUGUUUUCAGUCACUAAAAAGAAGGUACAUUGCCGUCACUGUGGCCAUAUAUUUUGUCAAUCUUGCCUCUCACACGUCGUGAACAGUGGACCGAAACAAAGACCAUCCAGAGUCUGUGAUGUUUGUCAUACUUUAUUAGUGCAAGAUACCGCACCAUACUUCAGCCAAGAACCUCCACAUACACCUGAUUAAAUGUUCUAAAGUUAUGGGAUUCUAAGACAGUUUUAUGAGAUGUGCAAUAUCAGUCUGGUAAUGUACUGAUUAGUACAUCUCAAAAGUAUACCGAUCAUCAAGGUGAUGACUAACGAUGAUUUUCUUUUGUUUGUAGAAAUAAAUAAAUAGAGAGAGAGAGAGAGAGAGAGAGAGUGUGUGUGUGUGUGUGUGAGAAAGAGAGAGAGUUAGAAAUGUUGAUAUAGCAUAAAAAAUGGGAUUUAGAUAAGAUUCCUAUUACCUGAAAAUCGGAGUGAUACAACAGAUAUCGUGUAAAUAUAAAGUUAUGUACUACCUAAUGGUUACUGUAAUUUAAACAGAUUAAAGCUUUUGAAUGUAUGUGAGUUAUUCAGAA